AUGUGCUUUUACAACCAGAAGCGUUAUUCCUGUGGAGACUGGAGCUGGACCAGUUUCGCCCACCGGUGCAACUACGAGUACCGCACCGGCGAAACUUGCGGUAUGAAGCUCGUCAAUAUGACCGAAAAUGAUAACAGCAAGUGCCGCCUCUGCGAGAAGAUAGAGACCAAACACAGGAGGCGAAGCGCCGAGCUCGAUCGCUUGGAACGGUGGAAGCGGGAAGGGGCCAGUCUCGUGGCCUCAAUGGACCGGUCCCAAAAGCUCAUUAUGGACUUGGACAAGGAGAUUUUCGCAUUGCAACGGGAACGUGAGGACCGACGCAGAACCCUCCUCAGAUAA